AUGAAAAGUGACGCCAAUCCCAGUACAGACGCCUGCGAGAACUUCGGGCUGGUCAUUAACACGCAGAAGACGGUGGUGAUGCACCAACCGCCGCCCAACUCAGCCACAGCCCCCAACGCGCCGCCGCAAAUCAGCGUGAACGGAAAUCAACUGCAAGUGGUAGAGAACUUCCCGUAUCUGGGCAGUACCCUCUCCCACAACACCAAGAUUGAUGACGAAGUAGCCAACAGGAUCUCGAAAGCCAGUCAAGCCUUCGGUCGCCUCCACAGCACAGUUUGGAAUCGUCAUGGUCUCCAACUGAGCACAAAGCUGAAGAUGUACAAGGCCGUCAUCCUGCCGACGUUACUGUACGGAGCAGAGACAUGGACGGUGUAAACGAGGCAGGCACGCCGACUGAACCACUUCCACCUCAGUUGUCUCCGUCGCAUCCUGAGGCUGAACUGGCAGGAUCGAAUCCCCGACACGGAAGUACUGGCACGAACGGGAAUCCUCAGCAUCUACGCCAUACUGAAACAAAUGCAGCUGCGCUGGAGCGGCCACCUGGUGCGCAUGGACGACGAGCGACUACCCAAACGACUCUUCUACGGAGACGUCGCGACGGGUUCUCGUCGUCAAGGAGGCCAAAUUCGCCGUUACAAGGAUACUCUGAAGUCCUCCCUGAAGCACCUGCAAAUCAACCCGACCAACUGGGAAGAGCUCGCUCGCGAUCGUCCGACAUGGAGGAGAACAGUGAAGACGGGCGCUGCUAUCUAUGAAGCCAACCGAAUCGCCGCCGCCAAAGCGAAACGUGAAGCCCGCAAAUCACAGCUUCGCCCAGUCCGCAACGCCGCCGCACAACCGCUCCCAACGUGUCCUCGAUGUCAACGGACAUUCCGGGCACGAAUCGGACUUGUUGGGCAUCUUCGGAUCAACUGCACCUCUCGCACUGCUCCAGCCAUCGUUCCCCCGCCCGCCUCUUCCUCGUCCUCUCUUCCGCCAACUAA